AUGAGCAAGAACAAAGAAGUGAAUAAAGCUGUUUUGAAUUAUUUGAAUAAACAGAAUAGGCCUUACAGUGCCGUGGACGUGUUCAACAACAUGCAUAAAGAGUUUGGAAAGACAGCUGUAACCAAAGCUCUUGAUGAAUUGGCUGAAAAUGGGGCAAUAAAAAAGAAAAUGUACGGUAAACAAGCAGUCUAUGUUGCUAACCAAGAUCAGUUCCCAGAAGUAAAUGACGAGGACAUGAAACAAAUGGAACUGAAUAUAUCUGCAUUAACUAAUGAACUAAAGGGCUUGCAAAAUACUGUUAAUCAACUGGACAAAGAGGUUCGAAAUUUAAAUUCCUCUUUAACUACAGAAGAGAUCCAGGCUCAGAUCCAGCAACUCACAAAAGAGAAUUCUCUCCUCAGUGAGAAAUUAUCGAAGCUGAAGGUUGGAAAUGUGACUGUCAUCUCUAAAGAAGAAAAGGACAAAGUUUGUGAAGAAAGACGGAAGUAUGUCAAAGAAUGGCGUAAAAGAAAACGGAUGACUAAUGACAUUCUUGGAGCAAUUUUGGAAGGCUAUCCGAAAACCAAAAAACAACUUUUUGAAGAUAUUGGAAUUGAAACAGAUGAAGACUAUGCAGUUUGGCUGAAGUCGAAGUAUUGA